CAGAGGAGCGAGCGCCUUGACCCAGAGAGCCCCCGCCGUCCACUGUCACCCGGGGCAGGGGUGGCACCCGCCUGCCCCCCGGAGGAGGAAGAGCCACGAGAAACCAUGAAGUGAAAACUUUGGAAAGCUGCCACCGGAGAUGUUGCACCGAAAACGGGGAUCUCCGAGGAGCCUCCUCCCAGUCUUUGAAGGUGUGGGGAGCAGCUGAUAUAGCCAGGAGGGCUCUUGCAAGGAUUCAAGUUCCGGGAGCCCGGAGGAGCAGCACGGAGGGGAGAGCGUGGCGAGAGAAUGAAGACACCAAUCGCACCGGAGAAGCAUGAGGUGGCAGUGUGGCACUCGGUCUAGAGGGCUUCGGCCGGCGGCCCCAUGGGCAAUCCUGCUGGCACUGGGCCUCCCCGGCUGGGUGCUGGCUGUCUCGGCCACGGCUGCCGCCUCGCUGCCGGAGCAGCAUGCCUCCUCGGCCGGCCAGCCACCCCUGGACUGGCUGCUCACCGACCGGGGCCCCUUCCACCGCGCUCAGGAGUAUGCCGACUUCAUGGAGCGCUACCGCCAGGGCUUCACCACCAGGUACCGGAUCUACAGGGAGUUUGCCCGGUGGAAAGUAAACAGCCUGGCUCUGGAAAGGAAGGACUUUUUCAGUUUGCCGUUGCCUCUCGCCCCGGAGUUUAUCCGGAACAUCCGCCUCCUGGGCCGUAGACCUAACCUACAACAGCUGACGGAAAACCUCAUCAAAAAGUACGGCACUCAUUUCUUGCUUUCCGCCACCCUUGGAGGAGAAGAAUCCCUGACAAUAUUUGUGGACAAGAGGAAGCUGAGUCGGAAGACAGAGACGGGAGGAGGUGUCCCUGUGGCCGUGGGCAGCGGGAACAGCUCUGCUGUGUCCCUGGAGACCCUGCACCAGUUGGCAGCCUCCUACUUCAUCGACAGAGAGAGCACACUGCGACGGCUGCAUCAUAUCCAGAUAGCCACCGGGGCCAUCAAGGUCACAGAGACAAGGACUGGGCCUCUGGGCUGCAGCAACUAUGAUAAUCUGGACUCCGUCAGCUCUGUCCUGGUACAGAGUCCAGAGAACAAAGUACAGUUACUAGGCCUGCAGGUGCUGCUGCCCGAGUACCUGCGUGAGCGCUUUGUGGCCGCUGCGCUCAGCUACAUCACAUGCAGCUCAGAGGGUGAGCUCAUCUGCAAGGAGAAUGACUGCUGGUGCGAGUGUGGCCCCACCUUCCCCGAGUGCAACUUGGUGUGGACAUCUACCUUUCAGGAGGGCUUCACUGCCUCCAUCAAUGGGACUGGGGUCGAUUCUCUGUGCAGACCUCCACCCGCCUCACCGCAACUUAGCCCUGUGUUCAUGCCCACAGAGGAGUUCCAGGCCCUGCUGAAAAGACUGCCCGAAGACCGGUUCCUGAACUCCACCGCCAUCUCUCAUUUCUGGGCCAUGGACACCAACCUCCAGCACCGCUACCAGCAGUUGGGAGCCAGCUUGAACGUGCUGUUCAAGAAGGCCCACCAGAUUGUCCGCCGGCUCUUCAACCUCUGCAAGCGCUGCCAUCGGCAGCCUCGCUUCCGCCUGCCCAAGGAGAGGCCCUUGCCCUACUGGUGGAAUCGAAUCCAGUCCCUCCUCUAUUGUGGAGAAAGCACCGUGCCUGGCACCUUCUUGGAACAGAGCCACAGCUGUACCUGCCCAUACGAUCAAUCUGCCUGCCAGGGCCCCAUCCCAUGUGCCCUGGGUGAAGGGCCCGCGUGCGCUCACUGCGCUCCGGAUAACAGCACGCGUUGCGGGAGCUGCAACGCAGGCUACGUGCUGGCCCAGGGGCUGUGCAGGCCUGAGGUGGCCGAAUCCCUGGAGAACUUCCUGGGUUUGGAAACAGACCUGCAGGACCUGGAGCUGAAGUACCUGCUACAGAAGCGGGACAGUCGCAUCGAGGUGCACUCCAUUUUCAUCAGCAACGACAUGCGCCUGGGCAGCUGGUUUGACCCUUCGUGGCGGAAGCGCAUGCUGCUCACCCUGAAAAGCAACAAGUACAAGCCUGGGCUGGUGCAUGUGAUGCUGGCCCUGUCUCUGCAGAUCUGCCUCACCAAGAACAGCACCCUGGAGCCUGCCAUGGCCAUCUAUGUCAACCCCUUUGGGGGCAGCCACUCGGAGAGCUGGUUCAUGCCGGUCAAUGAGGGCAACUUCCCAGACUGGGAAAGGACUAACGUGGACGCAGCCGCCCAGUGCCAAAACUGGACUAUCACCUUGGGCAACAGGUGGAAGACCUUCUUUGAGACGGUCCAUGUUUACCUACGGAGCCGAAUCAAGUCCCUGGACGACAGCUCCAACGAGACAAUCUACUACGAGCCUCUGGAGAUGACUGAUCCCUCCAAGAAUCUGGGCUACAUGAAAAUCAAUACCUUGCAGGUCUUUGGUUACAGCCUUCCCUUUGACCCGGAUGCUAUCCGGGACUUAAUUCUCCAGCUGGACUACCCAUAUACUCAAGGUUCCCAGGACUCCGCCCUCUUGCAGCUGGUGGAGCUCAGGGACCGGGUGAACCAGCUUUCUCCACCCGGCAAAGUCCGGCUGGACCUUUUCUCCUGCCUGCUCCGGCAUCGGUUAAAGCUGGCCAACAAUGAGGUGGGCAGGAUCCAGUCUUCCUUGAGGGCUUUCAAUUCCAAGCUGCCAAACCCCGUGGAGUACGAGACCGGCAAGCUCUGCAGCUAAUGGGAGGGCCUCUCCCACCCUGGGCAGGGAGGAGGAGAUCCGUGCAUCUCGGGCCACCCAAGCCUCACCUUAGUGCCAACGGGGUGCUCCCAGGAGAUUCUCAGCACCCAGCAGAGGGGGACCUGAGGCUUGGGCUGAAGGAAGCAGGCAGGAGAGAUAGGAACAAGCCCCGCCCACAACACACCCACACUCACCUACUACGUACCUGCACACAAUCACACACACUGCCCCCAGCCCUCCCCCACUCCCUCUGCCCCCCUCCACCCCACCCCCACCACCAGGCUACAGCCUGGGAUUUGUGAGGGCGGUGCUCUCUCCCAGGACCUUGACUGAAGAAGAGGAGCCCCGGCAAGGUGAAGGACGACGAGAGCCUGCCAAACAAGGAAGGAAAGAAGCAAGCAAACAAAUACAUUCUCAAACGUGAUUCUUGUCAUUCAAGAACACAAGAGGGGGCAACAAUGGGGGUGGGUGGGAGACCUUCCUCACCCUCGGUGGAGUCACUUUUGUAUUCUUUUUAACCAGAUUUCUUAAAAUGUUGCUGUUUCGUGAUUUCCCCAUCUCGGUUCUUACUUUUUGUAUGCUGCCCCUUCUGCACCUUCCAUACGUGGACUGCUUCUCAAACAAAGCCUGCCCUCCCCCCCUCCGGAAGCCCCCAGAGGAGCUCCCGGGCCACAGGCAGCCAGGCCGCCCCGCCCCACGUCCCUCUGCAGCCCCCCGGAUUUCCUCAGCACCCUGGUUUGAGGGCCCUGGCUUGCUCCGCGCUCCUCUCGUGGUUUGUCCAGAGCUCCUCCUCCAGCAGCGCCCAAUCUGUCCACGGAAGCAGCGCUGUCCAGUUAGUGAGUGAAACGUAUAAGGACAUGUUCUUUUUAAAAUAAAACCAAAAUAUUUAUUUUG